AUGUCUCGGAUGUUUCCCGUCUCUACAUGUUGCUUGCUGUUGCCUUAUGUGUGGGAGUACCAUGUGCGUGUGCCGUGCGAUUGUCUCAAGUUCUUCAAAACGUUUCAGGUGGAAUUGGAGAAACUGAACGCCGCCACUGACGAGAUCAACAAGUUGGAACUGGAAUUAGAUGAGUCUAUGAAAACAUUUCAUCUGCUUCUGAACGAGACCUCUAGGAGGCUUCAGGCGUGGACAAAACGGUUGGGCACUUGCGUGGACAAGUCAAGACCGUAUUACGACGCCGUGGGAGUAGCAGCCACUGCUAGGCAGGAGUGUCAGAAGGCUGCUGUACAAUUCCAGCGCGCUAGUGAGCUACACGCGGCUGCCAAGGAGACGGUGACGCUAGCUGAGCAACGUUUCGUGAGCAAACAGGACGAGUGGCAGUUUGACAGCAACUGGCAGGAGGUGCUGAACCAUGCAAUCAUCAAGGUCAUGGACGCUGAAAAGCGGAAGGCUGAAAGUGGAAGAGAACACCAGAAAAGAGCAGUGGCUUAUAUUGCAGCGGAGAAAAAGGUAGCUCAACUAGAAGAAAAUUUAAAACGAAGUAUUAUAAAAUCCCGCGUGUACUUCGAGGAAAAGAAGCUCUGCAAUGAACAAUUGCAGACUCAAAAUGAAAAGAUUGAUAAGCUGCAGCGGCUUAUCGCCGACGCUAAAUUCCGUUAUUCUAAGUCUCUCAAAGCGUUGGAGAAAAUAUCUGAAGAAAUUCAUAGAAGACGAGGAGAAUAUCCUCCCGGAAAAGACACAAUCCCUGUCGGGCCCAGAGAACCUGGCGUAGGUGCAGAAAAAGAUGCAAUACAUGAUGAAGACACGGCGAAGGCUGAACAUGAAAAAGACGAAGAAUCUAGUCUGCAAGAACUCAGAUUGCGUGUAAGAGAACUUGCUUCUAAACCAAUAGAGAAAGAUGUGGAAACCGAUGAAGCAUGGGCUUUGGAACUGAACGAGACUAUAAACAAACUGGACCAACUGUUGAUGAUGAAAGAGACCAACCAACAGAAACGGUCGAAAUUCACGGCUAGCAGCCCGAGGAACUCUAGUGCACCUUCAACUAGUACAAACACUGGCAAAUAUAGCCAGCCGCCAAGCGAUACAUGGAAAACUGACACAAACCUGACGAGAACCAAAUCUAUAAGCAAAGAUGUCGUCUACGAAGCCAAUAACCCACCAAUGAGCAAGUCUGAAAAAUCCAAGUCCAUGAUGUCGUUGGAUGUUCUUGCUUUAGCAAGAGAUACAACCAUAAUGGACAGAGAGUCAUACCUUAAAGCCGUCAUUGAGGACAAGUCACCGACAGGCACGUAUACAGAAAGCAAUUCAGACAGAAACGAUAGUCCAGAUGAGAUCCUCAUGGUAGAAUGUGAUUCUAGUGACUCGAACCAGAAUCCAGUAAUACGGAUGACUAGUUCCACAGUCUCUGACAGUGAUAACAGCUAG